AUGAGCCAUGGGUCUCUAGUGACCCUGGAGGAUCUGGUGUACUACCGACCCACGUGGAAGGCGCCCGUACAAAGCGUGCCAUUGGCCGGCGCUCAACUGCACGCCCCGCCUCCUCCGGGAGGUGGCGCCCUGCUAGCAUUCGUGCUGGCCACGAUGGAUAUGUUCCGACCCAGCAGGAAGGACUUGCUGAGCGACGGGCCGCUCACCUACCAUCGGCUCAUUGAGGCGACGAAGUUUGCGCACCCAUUCCGGGAAGACCUCGGCGACGACGCUGUCGAGAAAGUCGAUGACACGGUGGCCAAUCUGGUGUCCCGAGGUCAAGCGCUCAAAACCAGCGCUCGCAUCAGCGACACGUCCACCUUCUCGGACGUCAUAUUCUACGUGUUCGACAUGCAGCUAGUGCGCGAUGCCAUUCGCGGCGUCUCCGAGAAGGAGGCGCUGGAGCACUACGCCGACAUUCCGAGAGAACCCGAGCACGAUGGCAGCCGAGGCAACUGCGGUGGCAGAGUCCACUACGACCGAGCCACUAGAAGGGCAAGGUCACGGUAA